GGCCCGGCUCUUCCUGGCGCUGCCAGCGUGCACUUCCGGACACAGUCGCGGCGUGACGUCGGGAGGAGGGCAGACACACAUAGAUGCUUGGAUGCCUUCUACACCUAGGAGUCUCGUCUGAGCCAGCAGCACCACAUAGUCCACAACAUCUUUGCAGGGAAGCCUGUGGCCCCUGUGCCAGGCUCCACAGGAGGGCAGGACUGGGCAGCGGGUCAACGAGGCCACUUUCAGAUUGGCUGCCUUGAGGACGAGGACUGGUAGGCAGCUUCCAAGAUGGGCGAGAGGAAAGGCGUGAACAAGUACUACCCGCCAGACUUCAACCCUGAAAAGCAUGGCUCUCUCAACCGAUACCACAACAGCCACCCCCUCCGCGAGCGGGCUCGGAAGCUGUCGCAAGGCAUCCUCAUCAUCCGAUUCGAGAUGCCGUACAACAUCUGGUGCGACGGCUGUAAGAACCACAUCGGCAUGGGUGUUCGUUACAACGCAGAGAAGAAGAAGGUUGGCAAUUACUACACAACCCCAAUCUACAGGUUCCGGAUGAAAUGCCACCUCUGCGUCAACUACAUCGAGAUGCAGACAGACCCCGCCAACUGUGACUAUGUGAUCGUGAGUGGCGCCCAGCGCAAGGAGGAGCGCUGGGACAUGGUGGAGAACGAGCAGGUGCUGACCACAGAGCAUGAGAAGAAGCAGAAGCUGGAGACAGAUGCCAUGUUCCGCCUGGAGCACGGCGAGGCUGACCGGAGCACACUCAAGAAGGCACUGCCUACCCUGAGCCACAUCCAAGAGGCCCAGAAUGCCUGGAAGGACGACUUCGCCCUCAACAGCAUGCUGCGGAGACAGUUCCGGAAUGUCAGCUCCGCAAGGGCAGGGGUUCUUGUCUGCCCACUGCUGUGUCCCAGUGUCUGGAACAAGGCAUGGCAUGAGGAAAAGAAAAAAGCCAUCCAGGAAGAGGAGGAGAGAGAUCAGGCGUUGCAGGCUAAGGCCAGCCUGGCCAUCCCGCUGGUUCCGGAGACAGAGGAUGACCGCAGACUGGCCGCCCUGCUCAGGUUCCACACCCUGGACUCAUACGAAGACAAGCAAAAGCUGAAGCGGACGGAGAUCAUCAGCCGCUCCUGGUUCCCCUCCACCCCAGGACCCAGCACCAGCAGUGGCAGCAAGGCCAGCAGCGUCCUGAAGAAGCUAGUCCAGAGCCGCAGAGCCACCCCCGCCAGUUCCCCUGUCACAGUGGGGGACCUGGGCAUCGUGCGUCGGCCAUCCCGAGAAGUCCCUGAGAGCCCCCACCUUGCGGCUGAGACCCCAAAGUCUGGGGAGCCACAGGUGCCAGAAAGGUCUGCCCAGGAGAGGCCCGCAGACUGCCCUGAGGAGACAGCCUGGACCCCCAAGACCAGUGGGCCUCGUGGGCAGAAGGGGAACUGUCAGGAAAAGUCCCUGUUCCCACCAGGCUCCUCCCAGGAGACCGCUGACGCUCCGGACACGCCACACCCCUGCAGCCUCGGCUCCUCCCUCGUGGCUGACUACUCCGACUCGGAGAGUGAGUGAGCGGUUCCGGGGACUGGACCCACUGCUGAGGCCGGGACACACCCAGGAGGCCCCUCACAGGCUGCAGACCUCACUCACCCACCAGCCCUUGGAGAGCUCAGAUGCCGCCCCCUCUCCAGACCUCGACUUCCUGCAACAAUGGAGUUGUUAUUUAUUUGGUUCUGGUUGGGGCGUUUGUGCCUUGUGGGACCCCAGACAACCAGACAUUAAAGGCCUGUAUCUUUGCCUGUGA